CAUAGACAAAAUUAUUUGCUGUCAAUCGUCAAUGUCGUAAUCGCCCAGUUUUAUUCUUAUUUUUAUUUUAAAGGCUGAUUUUGGACUAGAUUCAUUUUUACUAUAGUGAGACGUCCAUUAAUAUAGCUUUAAGCAAAAUGGCACGUUGCCAUCUAGUGUUCCUUACGUUAGUAUUAAGUGUUGUGCAGAGUUAUGGGUCGCAAGUCCCGGUAUUUCUAUGGGGCGAUUUGCCAAGGACUUCGCUCAAAGCUAAUCCUUUAAUCACCGUCGAUCCCGAAGAAUUCGGCCACAUAGUCACUGAAGAGCUGAAGGCGGAGCCUUUUACCGUAGUCUUCAUAGAAGAAACGCUUUCAGUUGAAGAUUUCUCACGUAAAGAUGCUGAUGGCAAAACACUGUUCCCUUUCCUCCGUUCUCACCUCCGGGAAUCUUACUAUCUCCCGUCAGUCCAAAACGCCCUUCGCGUACUCAAUAAAGUCGGUGACACAGAUAACGUAGACCAUGUUAAAUUGACAGACACCGGACUAUCAGCAGACCUUGAAGCGACAAAGGGGAAAUUCUUAUUCAUCAACUUGAAGGACGCACGCGAAGGCGAAUCCAGGGCGGACAUGUUGAAACGUCACAACGAUUUCAUGAAAGAGGUGUACCAGAAGCUCCAAGAGAGAUUCCCUUCAAUCAUCGGAGUUUACACUGCUCACUACCCGUCAUGGACCGUUACAACUGACCAUUCUCGUGUUAGACGUCAAGUCGGUGACACAGCGUUGGUUGGUGACUACGUAGUGGACGGUCUCCGAUUAUACGCUUCAAGUAUUACGUACACGAGCGGAACUACCUCUGGCACUCUGACCACCCUCUUGUCGAGCUCCUCCACGUACAAUGCCACUAUUGGAAGCCAAAGCAGCACUCUUAAUUUCAACGAUGGCGUCACACUAGUUCUGAAUUUCGCAGCCCAAAUGGGCUAUUGGUAUUUUGAAUCGAUUGGCCUAACGAAGGAUGGCAACACACAAACACUGGUGCCGAACACAAACCAACUGUACGCGCCAAACAACUACUCAUACCAAUGCGGACUGGGCGUUAACUUCACAGCCCACAACGAUACAUCGCACAGUGUCAGCUUCGUCGACCUCCGUGUGGAACCGUUCUUCGAGGCCAGAAACCAAAGCGACAUGGAUUUCAGCCAGGGCUUCGACUGCAUCGGAUACUUCGACACCACCAUCCUGGCAUGCCUGAUGAUCGUCUUCCUGCUGCUCGCCAUCCUCUUCUACGGCGUCAUGAUGAUGAUGGACAUCCGGACAAUGGACCGGUUCGAUGACCCCAAGGGCAAGACCAUAACCAUCAACCCUAUGGAGUGAUUCAGUAUUUUAGCCGUUUGGAACGUUUGAAAAAGCUGAUGUAUUGCUAAAAAUAUGUGUAAGGCCUAUUUUAAAUUGAUCUAAGCUUACUUUAAACGAAUAAUUUUGUCAAGUUGUGAAAUCAUAGAACUGGAAAUAAUUUGAGACAAUAGAAAUGACAUGUUUUACUUGAAUUUAUGGAAAUAAUGAGUUGCUAUAAAUAAAUAAAUUUCAAGAAUGAAUGACGUGCACAAAAAAGCUAAUGGUGUCACAAGUGUCAGUCGAAAUGUCACAUUCACUAUAAUUAUCACUUCUGUUGUCACAUUUUAUUCCAAUAUUGGCCUUAAAUUUGCCUAGUAAUUUUUUUAAGGCCUUAAAAUUUGUAUGAUUAAAUUUGAAAUCAUUUAAUUAUGGGAGUAAUAAAUUAUUUUUUAACAUUAUCAAGGCCUAUAUAUACACAAAAUUAUAAUCUGCAAUUAUUUAUUCAUUUACAGACUUUUUACAAGACCUAAUAUGAUAAAGUUUUGACAAACGUUCCAAUAUUUAGUUUGUAUACUUUUUUGUUGAUUGUAUAGCUGUUAUUUAAAUCAUGUUUUCCUUCUUUACAUUGAAAAGAGCGAAUGUUGAUCGAGAAACGAAACUAAAUGAAUUUUAAUGUCAAUUUUGCAGCUCAGUAUUUUUUUCAACUAAUAAUAAUAAAAAAAAAUAUGGCACCUAUUUAAGCUGGGUUCACACCGGUUUGGUGUAAGCAUAAGUCUUCUGUCUCUCACUAUAGUUUUAGUAAACCUUAGGGUUAGGCAGAAGAGAAAAAAUAAGUAUUGGCGUUGUCCUAAGUAUUCAGACAAAUGACUUAUGACAUACACAAAUAUACUGAUUUUUGUCUGAUAAGUAUUUAUUUAACAAAUAAAAAAAAAAUUGAGCUGCAAAAUUCUUCAGUUUGUUCCUAAAUAGAGCUCAAAGAGUAAGCGAAUUCGAUAUUUGAAUAAUUCUAGAAAAAAAAACUUGGUGCCUAUAUCACAGACAUAGACAAUAUUUAAAAAAAAAGAAGGUAUAUGCUCAUUUGAAGUUUUGAAUCUUCCAGUGGGCAUAGCUGAGUAGUUAGCAAGCUUAUGUAAGAAAUAUAUGUAUACAAUUUA